CCUGCAUGCAUGUGUCACGUUUAUGCCUGGUGCCUGCUGCCUGCUGAAUCCAGCAGAGGACAUCAGAUUCCUUGGAAGUGGAGUUACAGAGGGUUGUGAGCCACCAUGUGGGUAGUGGGAACUGAAUCCUGGCCUGCUGCAAAAACAGUUAAAUGCUCUUAACUACUGAGCCCCUCCUCUGCAUUCCCCCCUCACCAGCUUCUUUACCCUAUAAACUCCCCUUUGGAAGGAAGAUUUGAGGCUUGGGUCUGUCGUUUCCUCAUGCUUGGCCGCUUUUGAAUAAACUGCUCCUUUGGAAAACAUCAUUUCAGUUCAGUGAACAGCACACUGUUCAAUGCACAAAAUGGUCCUGGUUCAGUAACGAGUUCAAAUAGCAAAGCAGCACUCUCCCUUGAAGAACUUCUGGAGCACCCCAGUCAUUUCUUCAAUUACCUGAACUCUUGAACUGAAUCCUCUGCUACUGCUGUCACUUUUAAAUGGGCUUUGGGGGAAAGCAAUUUGGGGUUAGUCCACGUUUCUAUGGGAGACACAGUGCCUAAAACAGUGUACAUUAGAGAGUCUAGAGAUCUGACACUAGUGCUGACUAGAAGAUUCAUGCAUCAGAAGAGAGGAUGUGGAGGGCAGAAGUUUGUGCUAUAAUUAAUUCUAGGAGUAACAGAGCUUGGGAAGGGAGGGGAGUACAGCCGGUAACUAUUUUGAGCAAGCUGUGAUUGACAGGACAUGUGUACUGGACUGUACUGAUCCCAGGUCCAAGUUGCCUGCCUAUGGUGUGUGGCAUGGGGUUCGGGGGGAGGCCUGGGGCAGCCGGAGCAGAACAGCCAGACAGCAGGCCAGACGGGGUACCAGCGCCUCAACUUCUCUCUCUGGGACACGGUCCAAUUCCGGGGGCCAUAAGCCAAGCUGAGCGAUGGGUGCUGAGGAGGAGGUGCUGGUCACAUUAUCAGGGGGAGCUCCUUGGGGCUUCCGACUUCAUGGGGGGGCCGAACAGAGGAAACCUUUACAGGUAUCCAAGAUCCGAAGACGGAGCCAAGCUGGCAGAGCAGGACUCCGAGAGAGGGACCAGCUCUUGGCAAUCAAUGGGGUUUCUUGCACCAGCUUCUCUCAUGCUAGUGCCAUGACCCUCAUUGAUGCCUCAGGGAAUCAGCUUGUCCUCACUGUACGGAGGGUAGCAGAUGAAGGAUCUGUGAGAUCUCCAUCUCCUGGGGAGCUUCAGGUGCUGUCGCCCUUAUCUCCAUUGAGUCCUGAACCCCCUGGUAUUCCUGUUCCCCAGCCUCUUCAGCCUGGAAGUCUUCGUUCACCCCCUGACAGUGAGGCUUACUAUGGAGAGACAGACAGUGAUGUUGAUGGCCCUGCCACACAGGAGAAGCCCCGCCGACCCCGCCGCAGAGGCCCCACAAGGCCCUUCCUUCCAGGAGCCCCACCUGAUGAGGUCUACCUGUCUGAUAGCCCUGCAGAGCAGGCAUCUGCUAAACCUGGCCCUCCCAGCCAGGGUGACAGCAGUGUGAGCUCCCCAUCUUGGGAGGAAGGGGCAGCCCUUCAGCCACCACCAGCAGAAGCACUUCUGUUACCCCAUGGUCCUCUCCGGCCUGGUCCUCAUCUCAUCCCUAUGGUGGGGCCUGUCCCCCACCCAGUGGCAGAAGAUCUUACUACCACCUACACCCAGAAGGCCAAGCAAGCCAAACUGCAACGUACAGAAAGCCUCCAAGAGAAGAGCGUGAAGGAGGCCAAGACCAAAUGCCGGACCAUUGCAUCCCUGCUAACUGCAGCCCCCAACCCUCAUUCUAAGGGGGUGCUUAUGUUUAAGAAACGGCGGCAGAGAGCCAAGAAGUACACCCUAGUGAGUUUCGGGGCUGCAGCAGGCACAGGCACGGAGGAAGAGGACGGUGUCCCUCCAACGAGUGAGUCGGAGCUGGACGAAGAGGCCUUCUCAGACGCCCGCAGCCUUACCAAUCAGUCUGACUGGGAUAGCCCCUAUCUGGACAUGGAGCUGGCCAGGGUGGGCUCAGGCGCAACAGAGGGUCAGAGCUCGGGGCUGGGAGGGCAGCUGAGCGAGGUCUCUGCCCGAGGGGCCCAACUCCGUGAACAGCAGCGCCAGGGCGCAGCCUCCAGCACCCAGGAGCUGGCUCCGGCUAGCCCAGCAGCCAUGCUAAAUGGGCAGGGUCCGGAGUCACCACCGCGGGCUCAGAGUGCUCCUCCAGAAGCAGCUGUGUUCCCACUCAGUCCUUUGUCGGCACCUUCGGUCAGCCCUAGACCCUUCCUCCCAGAUGGUAGAGCCCCUACUCCAGCCCCAAGUAUCUUUAACAGGUCAGCAAGGCCUUUUACCCCAGGCUUACAAGGGCAGCGAUCAGGUACCACCUCGGUGAUUUUCCGGCCCUUAGCCCCAAAGAGAGCGAGUGAAAGCUUGGGAGGCCUGAGCCCCGCCCCAUCCCCUUUCGUGUCCUCCCCACCCCCUUUCGCAUCCCCUCCGCAGGGGCCCACUCCUCUGCCCAGCUUCUCCACCGGGGUUCCCAGCCACCCGCCGGGUUCCCCCAGCACCCCGCGCUCCUUGGGCCCUGUGACCGCCACCAGCUCCCUGUACAUCCCAGCCCCGAGUCGUCCCGUUACACCCGGAGGAGCCCCAGAGGCUCCCGCUCCUACUGGCGCGGCUGCCAUGACCUCCACAGCUUCGAUCUUCUUAUCCGCACCUCUUCGAACCUCUGCCCGCCCAGAGGUCCCGAUCCCCGCGACCCCCGCGGCCCCCGCGCCUCCCAGCGCUCGGGAGCAGCGCAUCUCUGUGCCCGCUGCGCGCACCGGCAUCCUGCAGGAGGCCCGGCGCCGCGGCACUCGGAAGCAGAUGUUCCGGCCUGGCAACGAAGAAACGAAAAACUCGCCCAACCCGGAGCUGCUGUCUCUGGUGCAGAACCUGGAUGAAAAACCCCGGACUGGGAGUGCUGAAUCUGGUCCGGAAGAGGACGCCUUGAGCCUCGGAGCUGAAGCUUGCAACUUCAUGCAGCCACUAGGGGGCAGAAGUUACAAGACCGUGCCUCACGUAGCACCUAAAACGCCGCCCCCAGUGGCCCCCAAGACCCCACCCCUUAUGACUCCUAAGACUCCACCCCCUGUGGCUCCCAAGCCCGCGGCGGCUCGAGGGCUUCUAGAUGGGCUAGUGAAUGGGUCGGUCCCUACGGCUGGAAUUUCUGAGCCACCGAGGCUGCAGGGGAGAGGUGGGGAGCUGUUUGCUAAGCGGCAGAGUCGUGCGGAUAGGUAUGUAGUGGAAGCAACACCUGGUGCUGGCCUUGGUCCUGGGUUUCGUCCUAGAAGUCCUUCUCCCACACCCUCACUGCCCCCGUCGUGGAAAUACUCACCCAAUAUCCGUGCCCCGCCUCCUAUUGCCUACAACCCCCUGCUCUCACCCUUCUUCCCUCAGGGUGCCCGAACGCUCCCUAAUAAGACCCAAUCCCAGGGGCCACGAGCGACCCCCAAGCAGGGCAUUAAGGCUCUGGAUUUCGUGCGGCAUCAGCCCUACCAACUUAAAACUGCCAUGUUCUGUUUUGACGAGGUUCCUCCAACCCCUGGCCCCUCCUCGGGGCCCCCCAAAACUGCCAGAGUCCAGGAGAUCCGCAGAUUUUCCACUCCAGCGCCCCAGCCCACUGCAGAACCCCUGGCUCCCACUGUGCUUGCCCCCAGAGCAGCUACCACAUUGGAUGAACCCAUUUGGAGGGCAGAGCUGGCCGCAGCUCCUGUUAGCCCAGACCCUCCUCAAGAGUCUCCCAGGGGCCUUGCUGCCACCCCCAGCUCCUGUGCUUUCCAAGUAGCCAGGCCCCGAUUCUCAGCCACCAGAACAGGAUUGCAGGCUCAGGUGUGGAGGCCUGGGGCAGGGCGCCUGUGAGCAGGGAAUAGGUCCCAGGACCAAGAAGUGGAACACGCAGUCCCAGAAGUUUCUUCUGCUUUGUUGUAUCUGCUGCCAUAGGUGUCUAGGCAAACUUCCCUCCUACCACAGAUGGUUUUACAGUUAGCGGUCCACCCCCAGCUUGCUCCUCACUCGCUCCCUGCUGCUUUCCAACCUCAUCUCUGCUUUGGUAUCUUGCUUCCCUUUAUAUUUCCUUGCUUGGAUCUGUCUCCUGGCCUCUCCACACAGAGUCCUCAGCAGGUCUCUUCUUUACAUUUGUGUUUCUGUGGGCCUGGCUUUAAUGUUUACAGAGAAGCAUACAGUCAAGUAACCAAUGAAAUCUCAGGCAAGAAGCUCACUGCCAGGCAGGCAACCAAGGGACUAACUGACUUCUGUGUGUCCUAAGCCUCUCCCCACUCCUCACUCUGCUUUCCCUAAGUUAGCUGGCAUAUGCCUAGGUGUAUAUGUGUGUGUAUAUGUGCAAGUGUGUGUGAUUAGGAUCUGAUGUGAAGAGUCAUCAGAUGUGCACACGUGCACUUCUGUCUGAGGCCAGAGUAAGAGGGGAGGUCUUAAUAGAUACUCCAAGGUAGGUCUUUUCCUUCUGCAGGAAGGGUCAGACACAAAGAGUCUAGCAGGGAGCAAGAGCUUAACUGCAGAACAACUCCUUAGAAUGUCUGUAGCAGGUGCACAGCAUCUUAUGAAAUUGACAGUCUGACAAGACUGGAGGACAGGCAGUUUGCAUAGGUCUGAAUUAUACCAGCUGGACUAGGAAUAAAACUAAGAAUUCUUCUAUUCCUCUGGAUUUCAGAAAGUUAACAAACUAGAGGCCUAUGCUGAGCAAGCCAGAAUCCAGAAAGUGAAAAAGAAAGAAAAUUUCCUCUGAGAAUGAACAAAUGGUUGGCCUCAUUGCUUCAUGAGUCUAAGACAGAAAGGAGGGAAAAAGAGAGCUGGGAUGGGUGGAGAGUGAGGCAGAAAUCAGGAGCGGGCCGGAAUGAGUGAGCAUGAACAAGAGAGGGCAGUGUUGGCCAAAAGUAAAGUGGGCUGACAAGAAAUCAACUAUGUGUGAGAGGGGCACUGGGGAAAGUCUGAGCUCAGAAGAAUGGAUGUAUUUGUUAGAGAGUAUGUACUGAAUGGUGAAAGAAGGGCUGAUGACUGUUACCUGCUGUACAUCUAACCUUCCAUUUGUCUUCUGCAGCUCAUCCUGACUACCUGGGUGUUGGGGCUGCUUGAUAUAGUGGCAUCUUGGGCCUAUGAGUUCCGGGGCACUUCCGAAGCCUGACCUAGAGUCGGCCAGCCUGUCUGGUCACUUUCGAUCACUCACCAAGACCGGGCGACUAGCGGAGUUGAGA